AUGGCCUCCCUCGCCCGCACUCUCCCCAAAAGGGUCCUCCCCUCCCUGACCCAAUCCAUCCGCCGAACCUGCGCAAUAAGCACAACCCUCCAACCCUCCCGCUCAACACAACCCACAUCCCGUACCCAACCACGAACCCCCCACCGAAACUACCACUCAGCCCUCCAUGCCAGGCUCCCAGACCACUCAUACACAAACUCCCAAACAGCAAUUCUAACCUCGGCACUAACCCACGUCCCGACGCACGGCUUCUCCGCCAAAGCACUGACCCUCGGCGCACGCGACGCCGGCUUCCUCGACGUCUCGGUACAGCUACUCCCGCGCGGGGAAUUCGACCUCAUCCUCUUCUGGCUUGCUAGUCGACGGGGUCUACUACGCGGCAAGGUCGAGGAGGGCGGGUUAUUCCGGCGCAUUGCGGCGGAGAAGGGGAAGGAUGUUCAUGAGCUUAGUGUUGAGGAGAGGGUUAAGGGAUUGCUUUUGGAGAGGUUGAGGAUGAAUGCGGAGGUUAAGGAUGUUUGGCAAGAUGCUCUUGCGCAAAUGUCCCUUCUUGCUAAUAUCCCCCUCUCUCUUACGGAAUUGCAUGCGCUUGCUUCGGAUAUUCUUACGCUUUCUGGUGAUGACGCUGUUGAUGUGGCUUGGUACACGCGCCGUCUUGCCGUGUCGGCUAUUUAUGCCAGUUCUGAGGUUGUUAUGACCCGUGACCCGACGCCGGAUCUUGUGGAGACGGCUGCGUUUGUGGAGCGUCGGUUUGAGGAUCGGAAGGCGCUUGCUGAUAAGCUUACUGGUAUUGGACAGUGUGCUGGGUUUGGGUGGAAUACUGCCAUUGGCCUGGGGCGAAGCUGGGGAUUGAAGAUUUGA